AUGGAGGCUUGGAAUCGAUUGACCAACAUCUUCCAGGACAAUCAAAACGCUCGUGCAGUCACUCUCGAGCAGGAGUUUUCAUCCGUUCGCAUGGAAGAUUUUCCCACCGCUUCCGCUUACUGUCAGCGACUUAAAACACUUUCUGACCAAUUGAAGAACGUUGGAGCCCCUGUCUCUAAUCAGCGACUCGUUAUCCAACUUGUUUCCAGUCUCACUGAUGCAUACAAAGGGGUCGGUACACUAAUUCGGCAAAGCAACCCUCUUCCACAAUUUUAUCAGGACCUCUCUAUGCAUACUCUUGAAGAAGCCGGUCUAAUUAAGAUGGAGGCUACCGGCGCACAGGCUGCCAUGGUUGCGACACAACCAAAGGAUGUUACUGAACCCUCCUCCUAUAAUGAUAACCGUGGCGGCAAGAAGAAUAACAGCCGAAAUUAUGCUCACAAAAACCGAAACAGUUACGGUAGAAACAGCGGACGUGGUCAACGUGGCGGCGGACGUGGUGGUGGUCAACCGUCCCUACAAGCCAACACCUCAUAG